AUGCCUGAGGAGAGCAGGGUAACCCUGUCUGAACAACUCGGAGGGAAUUCCCAAUAUUCCUCUCAAAGUUCUGAAAAUCAACAGCUGACUCCUGUGCAAAAAUUGUUCUCAAAGGCUGUUGUUUUGCCUAUUACUGAGAUUAUUCAACUUACGGAUGUUACAUUUUGUGCUACUGUCGCUACAACAAAAUUAUUAGUAGCAUCUCCAUUUGGAUGGUAUAAGAUUGAGAUUGAGGUUACUCAUGGGGGCAAAAGCUGCAAUUUUGUCUUCUGGAACAGAGAAUGUGAAAUGCUGUUGGGUUUAUCUGCAUCCCAACUUCGUAACACUAUGAUUCAGGGUGGAAUUACUGAUCCAUUGGACUUUUCGUUAGCACUUGAUCAGUUGUUGAAGUUGGAAAUGGCUAUGAAGGUUAAGUGGCAUCCACGCUGGAAGAACUGUUACGUCGUUAUGAUUAUAAAAAAUGAUCCUAUUAUCCAGCAACUUAAGGAAAAAUGGGGAACAGAUAAGGAACCUAUUCCAAUCCAAACUGUCGUGCCUGAGACUCUGGAGAUUAAAGAGAGUGUUGAUGAGGCUAAAACAGAUGCCAAUGAAGACUGUGAAUUGGUUACAGACCUGGAAAUUACAUCUGAGCACAAGCCUGAUGCUGUCACACCUGGUGGUAAGAGGCAUCUUCCUGCUGCAUCAAGUGAAUCCACUGAUUUGGACGGAUUACAUGAUGGAGAACUUUACAAUAAUGAUGUCGCAAAGAAUGGUUUGUUUGGAUUAGCAAAAUCUAAGCUUUCUGUCAUUACAUUGUAA